AUGCGUGGUUUACCUUUCUCUGCGUCAGAAGCAGAUGUGAAACAAUGGUUUAUGCCACUGAACCCAGUAGCAAUCAGGAUGGAGUUUGAGACAAGUGAUUCUGGUCAGCGGAGGUCACGUGGUGAAGCUGACGUGGAUUUUGCAACCGACGCUGACGCUAAAGCCGCCAUGGCGAAAGACAGACAAUAUAUGGGUGGGUGGAAAAAGUUUGACUAGCCUUACUUAUACUGGAUAGUUCCAUCAGUUCUAAAUUGUUCUUCCUAGAGGUCCAGUAAGAAUCAUCUCUUAUUGAUCUAGUGUUACGACAGGAGGAAACCUAAACUAAACUAACUUUAUUUAGACUGGAUUGCUCCAUCAGUUCUAAAUUGUUUUUCCUAGAGGUCCAAGGGUCAUCUCUUAUUGAUCUAGUGUUACGACAGGAGGAAACCUAAACUAAACUAACUUUAUUUCUACUGGAUAACUCUAUCAGUUCUAAACUGUUCUUCCUAGAGGUCCAGUAAGGAUCAUCUCGUAGUGAUCCAGUGUUACUACAGGAGGAAACCUAAACUAAAACUAACUUUAUUUAUACUGGAUAUCUCUAUCAGUUAGACUGUUCUUCCUAGAGGUCCAGUAAGGAUCAUCUCUUAUUGAUCCAGUGUUACUACAGGAGGAAACCUAAACUAAACUAACUUUAUUUCUACUGGAUAACUCUAUCAGUUCUAAACUGUUCUUCCUAGAGGUCCAGUAAGGAUCAUCUCUUAUUGAUCCAGUGUUACUACAGGAGGAACCUGAACUAAAACUAACUUUAUUUAUACUGGAUAACUCUAUCAGUUAGACUGUUCUUCCUAGAGGUCCAGUAAGGAUCAUCUCUUAUUGAUCCAGUGUUACUGCACAGGAGGAACCUGAACUAAACUAACUUUGUUUAUACUGGAUAGCUCUAUCAGUUCUAAACUGUUCUUCCUAGAGAUCCAGUAAGAAUCAUCUCUUAUUGAUCCAGUGUUACUACAGAAGGAAACCUAAACCAAACUAACAUUUAUACUGCAUAGCUUUGAAGAUAGAGGUCCAGUAAGGAUCAUCUCAUGAAAGGCUCAUGCACAAACCACUGUGGAAUGAAUUCAAACUUGAACUUUGUUUUAGGUCAUCAUUGUGUUGAGUUAUUUUUGAGAUCAGAAUUUGAUGAUGGUGGUGGAGAUGACUGGAGCUCUGGUGACCAGUCCUUUUUCCCUGGCCAAGGAAUGAACUUUUCAAACAAUGCCCAAGGUGAAAGAUUGUUAAACUUGUUAAAUAUGAUGUUAAGUAAAGAUGAUAUAAUAAUUAUAAAGAGAUAAUUUUGAAAGGUUUGUACCAGUGUAGGUAGUGGCAAUAAAAAGAAAGCUUUGCAUUGAUAGCGAUGCAACUACCUGAAAAAUACAAGGAGAUAAAAUUAUAAAGAUAAAUCUUUAGUAUGUAAACUGUAGUGUUUUGACUUUGUGUAGUUUUUCACUGGCAAAGUUGUAGAAAUGGCAAUGUAGAAAAUCUCAGCAAGGAAUAGUUAAUUGAAUUGGUUCGAAUUGAAAUAUUUACAUAAUACAUCUGUAGUAAUCUUCAGCCUGUCUUCCACUAGGCGAAUUUGUUCUUGCGAAGCCUUUUUCACGCUCGAUUUAUUCGCCGAAGGCUUGCGAAGCCUUUUCAAUUUUCACGCUCGGUUUAUCCGCCAUUUUUUGGGCAUUGUCUCUUCCAAGUCUGCGAGUGCACGCACUGCAAACUGCACUUUAUCACUGCAGUUGUUUGUAUAAUGGUAAAUUUACAGUUACAACUUUGAAAAGUGACUUUUCACAUUGUUUAUUAAGGAGAAUCAAAAAAAGUUAAAAUUUUUCAACUUCAAAAUUUUUUCCGGCCAAUGACAUAUUUACAAAAUGUUCUUUCUGUGGAAAAUUUUCCAUAACCGUUUAUCUCUUCUCUUUUCAGGUUCUGGAAAUAAAUUUGACAGGAACGCGGCGGCUGCAGGAUUCAACGCCGUACCGGGUGCCGGUGCUUUUAACACCGGGGGUAGUGGCGAGGCGACCAACAGCUUCGGUAAUAUCGGUUCGCCGGCAGCGAGUACUGGCUACGGUGGGGGAUAUGGUGGAAACCACGAGGCGAACGCCAUGGGUAACUCUGGCUUCUUUGGGAUUUCAGGAGCUGCAGCAAGAGGUGGAGAAUUUAUCAAUCAGGCCGGGGGGAUGGGAAACCAAGCCGUCAAUGCUGCCACGAUUGGUUCAAUUCAGUAUUUCAACUGCAAUUUCCGAGGAGGGGGUAAUCAGUGACAGGGUUCGAAUUAACAGUGGAGCCAUUAUUCCAGGAUGCAUUCGCCGUUAAGGGAUGUGGUUGUCCAUUCUUGGAAGGCUGUGACUCUGGUUCUCUCGUUUUCUUUCAUGACAAGAAUAACCAGAAACAGGUGUUUGCUUAUGGGGUUUGCGAAGUGGAUGAGCUUCUCUUACCAGAACAGCACGAGUCAGCGAGUUCUUGCUGUUUUGAUGAAGACGAGUCUGAGUCUGAACAGGAAAUCGAGGAUGAGAAUGAAACUAUAUCUGAGAGUUCUGAGGCUGAAU